AACAUGGUGGAAUCUUGGAUGAUUCUGAAGGGGAGAAUGAAGCACAUGAUAAUUUUCCCCCCCAGAAGAAACCAGUCUGGGUGGAUGAAGAAGAUGAAGAUGAAGAAAUGGUUGACAUGAAGAAAAAUCGAUUUCGGAAAGAUAUGAUGAAAAAUGCCACAGAAACUAAACUCUCAAAAGAUAAGCUUCAAAAGAGGCUCAAAGAAGAAUUUCAACAUGCUAUGGGAGGAGUACCUGCAUGGGCAGAGACUAGUAAGCAGAAAACAUCUUCAGAUGAUGAAAGUGAAGAAGAUGAAGAUGAUCUGUUGCAGAGGACUGGGAAUUUCAUAUCCACAUCAACUUCUCUUCCAAGAGGAAUCUUGAAGAUGAAGAACUGCCAGCAUGCCAAUGCUGAACGGCCUACCACUGCUCGGAUUUCUUCAGUUCAGUUCCACCCUUGUGCUCAGGUGGUGAUGGUUGCUGGGUUAGAUAAUUCUAUUUCACUCUUUCAGGUUGAUGGCAAGACAAAUCCUAAAAUCCAGAGCAUCUAUUUGGAUAGGUUUCCAAUCUAUAAGGCUUGUUUUACUGCAAAUGGAGAAGAGGUUUUAGCCACAAGUGUUCACAGCAAAGUUCUUUAUGUCUAUGAUAUGCUAGCUGGAAAGUUAGUUCCUGUGCAUCAAGUGAGAGGUUUGAAAGAGAAAGUAGUGAGACGUUUUGAAAUCUCCCCAGAUGGAUCAUUCUUGCUCAUAAAUGGUAUUGCUGGAUAUUCUCAUUUACUGUCAAUGAAGACCAAGGAGCUGAUUGGUAGCAUGAAGAUUAAUGGAAGAGUAUCAGCAUGCACUUUCUCAUCAGAUAGUAAGAAAAUAUAUACUUCGUCUGGGGAUGGCGAAGUUUAUAUUUGGGAUGUGAACUCUAGGAGGUGCCUUAACAGAUUUGUUGAUGAAGGCAAUUUACGUGCAUUAAGCAUUGCCACAUCAAGGAAUGGACAGUAUAUUGCUUGUGGUUCUAGUUCUGGAGUGGUAAACAUAUACAAUCAAGAUUCUUGUCUCCAAGAAACUAAUCCAAAGCCAAUAAAAGCUAUAAUGAACCUGGUUACUGGUGUUACUUCUCUGACCUUCAAUCCCACUACAGAAAUCUUGGCAAUAGCCUCAAGAAAAAUGAAAGAAGCUGUCAGAUUGGUUCAUCUUCCUUCUUGUACAGUAUUUUCUAACUUCCCAGUUGUUAAAAAGAAGACUAUUUCUCGUGCCCAAACCAUGGAUUUUUCUCCCAGAAGUGGAUAUUUUGCUGUAGGGAAUGAGAAAGGCAAAGCCCUGAUGUAUAGGUUGCACCAUUACUCGGACUUCUAAAAAGAGUCUUUGAAAUCCAGUUGAGUCACUGAGGAAGCCUGUUCCAGUAUAUCUCAGAAACUUUGCAGGAUGCAUAUGAAAGAUGAUUUGUGGGGCCAAUUCUGCUUAAGUUAUUAGCAAUCAUGUCUUAAUAAACAUAGCAAGUUUUGUUUGACAAUAA